CCCAACUUAUUCAUUCCACGACUCUCAGUCUCUGCCCUCCACUAAGCUACAUUAUAUAGCUCAUCUCUUUAACUACUUUCACUCUCAAGCUCUCUCUUCUUCUUUUUUCUUACUAUCAAGAAUGAAAUUGCAGACUUCAAAAACAAUGGCUAUGGCUAUUUUUCUGUUUCUUUUUUGUGUUUCUUUAGGAAUUGUGUCUGCAUUGCCUCAUCCAGACAAGAUCAUACAAUUGCCAGGACAACCUCAAGUGGGGUUUCAACAAUUUUCAGGAUAUGUUACUGUUGAUGAUAAGAAACAAAGAUCUCUCUUUUACUACUUUGUUGAAGCAGAAACAAAUCCAGCUUCAAAGCCUCUAGUUUUGUGGUUGAAUGGAGGACCUGGAUGUUCUUCAGUGGGGGUUGGUGCAUUUUCUGAAAAUGGACCAUUUAGACCAAGGGGACAAGUUCUUGUUAGGAAUGAACACAGCUGGAACAAAGAGGCAAACAUGUUAUAUUUGGAGAGUCCAAUCGGAGUUGGGUUCUCUUAUUCAAAUGAUACUUCUUCCUAUGAGACAGUAAAUGAUGAAAUAACAGCCAGAGACAAUCUUGUAUUCUUGCUACGUUGGUUCCAUAAAUUCCCACUGUAUAGAAAAAGCAAUUUGUUUUUAACUGGUGAAAGUUAUGCAGGACAUUAUGUACCUCAGCUUGCAAAGCUCAUGAUGGCAUUUAACAAGAAGCAGCAGAUUUUCAAUCUAAAAGGAGUUGCACUAGGUAAUCCGGUUCUGGAAUUCGCUACUGACUUUAAUUCAAGGGCAGAGUACUUCUGGUCACAUGGUCUAAUAUCAGAUCCAACAUACAGAAUGUUUAGUUCUGCUUGCAAUUAUUCGCGAUAUGUCAGCGAGUACUACAGGGGCUCUGUAUCGCCAAUCUGUUCAAGAGUCAUGAGCCUAGUAAGUAGAGAAACCAGUAAAUUCGUGGACAAGUACGGUGUUACUCUUGAUGUUUGUAUUUCGUCAGUGCUUUCCCAAUCCAAGAUUAUAAGUCCCCAAGAAAAUGUCGAGAAGUUAGAUGUAUGCGUGGAAGAUGAAAUUGUCAAUUACUUGAACCGGAAAGAUGUGAGAAGGGCCCUUCAUGCUGAGCUUGUCGGAGUACGUAGAUGGGCAGUUUGCAGCAGUAUUCUGGACUAUCAACUGCUGGACAUAGAGAUACCAACCAUCUCCAUUAUAGGAAUGCUUGUCAAAGAAAGAAUUCCAGUAUUAAUAUACAGUGGGGAUCAAGAUUCUGUCAUUCCACUAAUUGGAAGUCGCGCAACUGUUCAUCAACUAGCAAGGCAAAUGCGGCUGAACACAACUGUCCCCUAUAGAGUUUGGUUUGCAGGGCAGCAGGUUGGUGGAUGGACACAUGUAUAUGAUAAUAUCCUCUCCUUUGCUACUAUUAGAGGUGCUUCUCAUGAAGCUCCUUUCUCACAACCUGAGAGAUCACUUGUUCUGUUCAAGUCAUUUCUUGAAGGCAGGCCACUCCCUGAAGUUUUCUGAUCAGAUCCGAAAUUGGUGUGACAAACAUCUAGUAGAGUAAAUAGGUCCAUCUUGUAAAAGAUUGCUCCAAAGAUGAGAAGAAAAAAGAGGAUUAGAAGAAUUAAAGUGAUAACCAUCAGACAGUGAAAAAGAAGAACUAAAAGUGACUACUGGAGACUGAAGAAACACAAAAAAUUGUGUUCUGAACAGCAUAUCUGCAUGUAGAUGAGUGCAAGGGUGUAGAGUGUUUGUAAUUUUUAUUGGAAGCAAAAGAUUCCAUGUUAAAACAUUUGAUCUUUUGUGGAGUAGUUUAUACUAUUUGAUGUGUACAGCCUAGGCAUCAAGUGUUUAAGAUUAGUUAUUUUACUUGAACUUGAUGAAGAAAUUCGAACUUCACUUUUUUCUCA